UUUGAACUUCGCUGUCUUGGUUCGGACAUCACAUUAUAAAGAACAAAGAGCUGUAAUAACUCCAACCUUAGAGCACAGCAAAACUACAUCUGAUUGAUCGACAUGUUUCGUUCUUGGUGGUUAGCUCUGUUAAUUUUAGGUAUCACUGUGAGUUUUGCUUUCACGGAAGAUGAUCAUUUGAAGCCUGGACAUUCAGAAGAUGAACACGACGAAGACGAACACGAUGAAGAAAUGGCAGACCAUGCAGACGAACAGAAUCCUGCUGAUGAGGAGGAAACAGAGGAUGAGGAAAAAGACGACGAUAAAAUGGAAGAUGACAACGAUGAUGAUGAAGAAGAUGAAAGUCAAGGAGAUGAUGGAGGAGAAGAUGAAAAUGAUCAAAGUCACCUUGAACACGACGCAUUUUUAGGUAAGUAAGCAUUGCACUCUGGUAAUCACCUGUCCGCCAAGACACCUCUAUGUAAAAUACAUUAAAAAUCUGGCUCGAUAAAUAUAAUUCAACCCGGCCUUUUUGGAAUGAAUUGAACUUUGAGAGUUCAUAGCAAAUAUUAAUUGGAUACCUACUAAGUUUUUAAGUAGUAUACUGGGACAGGUGUUGGAAAAGAAAGGAAAAGGAGAGCUUUGUGAAUUUAGAACUUGAACUUUCCCAGGAGAUAUUUGUCAAUGCAGCCACUUAGUUACUUUUUGAACUUCCAAGUUUUACAAUCAAGGGCCUCAAGGUUUUUCGAAAUUUUCGGAGAUGGCCUUUCUGAAAACCGGAUUUGCGAUGUUUUUAAGGAAGUGUUAAUUAAUGGUAAGGAAUGUAAAGUGCACAGCAUUUAAGAAGGAAAAAUUAAAUAAGUCGCAAAACAUUCCGCGCUGGGAGAAGGUUGAAUUUAACCCCUGAACUUUUUUUAAUUGUCCUUCUUUUACUGUGCUCGUGCGAUUAAAAAUGCAAAAGUUAAAUGUUACAAAACUGUUUAACAAACUUAAAAUUCAGGUACAGGUAUUGAGGGGAAUAGAUUAUGACACAGGUGAUUUAUUUGCUUCUUUGUCAGAGAAAAAAACAUCCGACGGGUAGGGACGGUAUUGUAGGGGGCGGUGAAAGGAAACGUAGUAAUAAAAAAGAUAACUUAAGUUUUCCUGCGCCAAUAUCAUCUGUAACUGAGAUUAAAAUUUUUAUUUAGCCUCUCAAAUGGUCUUUCUCAGCACUUCUCACUGUCUUAUUGUUGAAUCCUCUCAAACCCUCUCCAGGAGACAACUACACUGAAUUCAAAGGGCUUUCCCCCGAAGACGCAAAAACCAAACUGGCGCAACUAAUCAAAGAUGAAGUAGAUCUGAAUAAGGACGGAGUGUUGACAGAGGAUGAGAUCAGACAGAGAUUUCACGUAACUACAAAGGAAUACAGGAAAAAAGAAGUCAUGGAAACCAUGAAACAACACGAUGAGGGUCAGUAUAUGCUGGUAUAUUUUAGCUCAUACAAUAUAUUAGCUGGUCACUCUUCUCACUGGUCACUGGUCAGGUGAAUUUUAAUUCUUCCCUGUACUAAUCAACAACCAAGAGUUCUAUAAGGUCUAGAAUUAGGUUUAGCUUUUCCGUGGCGGACCACCCAAACAACUAGUAUAUAUAUGAAGUUUAGUUCUAAACCAAUAUUUAGUUGGGUUGCUUAAAGAACAUUAGGCUUGCGUAAAUUAAACUUAAUAUUCGAACACUUACGUCUGUUUUUGGAACGGAUUUAUUCUAUUUCGGACACUUCCAUCCGUUUUCUAACGGUCUCGUUCGAGUUCGGACACUUCCAUCCGUUUUCGGACGGCGCCGUUCGUUUUCAGACAGUGGACGUUAUGGUCCCGUUUUUGGCCGUUUUUCGAACUCUUGUGCCCGUUUUCGGAAGUCCGACUUUAAAUGCUUGCAUUCAUUUUCAGAAGCAACGGCACCAAUGGUAAUAUUAACUGCCAGUAUUUGACGUACAAAUUUGUUAACGUUUGUUGACAGACAAAGAUGGCAAGGUAUCAUGGGAGGAAUUCAAAAAAGGUCAUUUCUCUGAUGAUGGUAAAGAUGAAGACGCCAAAGAACAAAUGAAAGAAGAUGAAGAAAAAUUUAAAUUUGCUGAUGAAGAUGGAGACGGGAAGUUAGACUUAGAGGAAUACAUGGCGUUUUACCACCCAGGGGUACGAGGAAAUAUUAUUUUAUUAAAGCCUACAAUCCCUUUCAUGAAAAAAAAAUAAUUAGGUCAAAAUAGGCAAAAAUUAUAAUAAUUUUAUUUGUUUUGCAGGAUAAUCCAAGAAUGACGGAAUUUACCAUCGAAGAUAGCCUCAAAAAACACGACAAAGAUAAGGAUGGUCAAAUAUCAAAGAAAGAAUUUUUAGGUAAAAAAAAAUACCAUUGAAGUGAGAUAAACUACCCUGCCUGGAACUGAGUGAGAAAACUUCUCACCAGGCUUUUUCUGCUCCGGUCCUAACCAUCCAUCCCCAAUGUCAACGUUAGUAUUUCAUAUUUAUUUGUUAAAUUUUAUUGUGCAGCUACAUUCAGUGAUGUAAAUGAUGACGCUAAAGAAGAAAUGGAAAAGGAUUUCGCCAACAACUUUGAUAAGGACAAGAAUGGCAAACUAGACAAAGAAGAGAUGAAAAGCUGGCUGUUCCCAGAUGAUGACUUCUCCACUGAAGAACCUAAAACACUCAUAAAAGAGGCUGAUGAAGACAAAGAUGGCAAACUUACCAUGGAUGAGAUUAUGAAAAAUUAUAAAGUCUUCAUUGAGGAUGAGCCUGAAGAUUCAAGCCACGAUGAAUUAUAAAAUGUGACUUUUUAAUCAGGAUAAAUCCAAAUUGUUCCGGGAAAAAAAUAGUGGAGGAUUAUAAAAGAUAUUGCUCUUUUGAUUAGAACUCAUAAACUAAUUAAUGACGUUUAUCCUCUUAAUUCUUGUUCAUAGCUCCAAGUUUUAUUUACAGUCUAAUAAUCCAAUUGUGUCUCAUCAAUGUCUCAGUGCUUUUUAGCACCGUCCCGAGUAUCUUUCAUUCCUAUAUUCAAUAAAUAAGGAAGUGGUCGGUUCUGACAAAACAUUCCAAUAAAUAUUGUCUCUGUUGUUAAUUUUUUCUCGAGGAGCCCGUGUCCGUGUUCUAAUUGGACCCGAG